GUCAUUAUUAUGCGUCGCGAGAUCUAAGAACCCUGGGCUGGCGCUGGAAGGAUAUGGCGGUUAAAGUGCUAGGUUGUGUAAUGAGCCAGAGAGGAAAGUGAUAUCGGGGCGGACUCACGGGCAAGAGAUCACAUGAAACGGUUAUACACAUGUACUCCAGCUUAUGUAGUGGUAUGAAGUAAAGAGGGCAAGGGAAAGUGAGGGGAGAGAGGGCAGUAAGUGCAGGGGAAAAACCAGGCAGGUUCAAGGAAGAAGAGGAAAAUAUAUAGGCUGCAGGGUAGGCAGCAUUACAGAGGAGUGUCAUGUAGACUGUAAUGAAGGUAUUUUGAAAAUGCGAAAGCAAACGGGAGACAAAAUAUCAGUUGUUUUGUAGGGAAAGAGGUGGGCGUGCAGAGGUAAAUAUCAAGCAAAGUAUAAGCCGUAUGCUGUGGAGAGAGCAAACAGACCGAUAUAUGGAAACAAGGGUUUUAUAACUGCACAGAGUUGUGCACAUUAUAUCGUCUGACGUUAUGUGCUGCUAAAGGCAGCAUGGGUUAAAUGGGAUAGAAGCAGGGGCCAUAUUUCUACUGUGAAGGCUAAAAUCAGGGAUGGCGACGUGUAGACCGCUUGGAUUUCCUGGCUGGAAAUUGCACAUAUCCAAAGAAUUGAGGAGGAGGGAUCGAGAACAGAGACAGGCAUUUGAAGAGCUAAUUUUACAAUAUAACAAGCUACUCGAAAAAUCGGACCUUCAUUCUGUGUUGGCUGAAAAGCUGCAAGCAGAAAAAUAUGAUCAGAGUCGAUACGACAUCAGUCCUGGGCAUGAUGGGAUGAGAAAUGAUACGCUGCUUCAGGAUAUGGCAGCAAUGAGGAUAAAACACCAAGAAGAGCUAACAGAACUUCAUAAAAAGCGAGGAGAGCUGGCCCAAACAGUGAUAGAGCUGAAUAAUCAGAUGCAGCAGAAAGACAAGGACAUCCAGGCAAAUGAACAGAAGAUAGCGGAGUAUUUGCAAACCACUGAGACCCUGGAAACUGAGUGCCAGGAUUUGCAGAACAAGCUGCAGGAACUGGAACGUGCAAAUCAAACGUUGAAAGACGAGUACGACGCGCUGCAGAUAACCUUUAGUGCCCUUGAAGAGAAACUGCGGAAGACAACAGAGGACAACCAGGAGCUAGUGAGCCGCUGGAUGGCCGAGAAAGCUCAGGAAGCCAACAAGCUCAAUGCUGAGAAUGAAAAGGAUACAAAGAGGAGACAAGCCAGACUGCAAAAGGAGCUGGCAGAAGCAGCCAAGGAGCCCUUGUCCUUGGAACAAGAUGAUGAUAUAGAGGUGCUGAAUGAUACUGCUGAUCAGGCAGAUGUAGCUGCAGCUCACACACCAAGCAGGGUAUCCAGUAAGCGCCUCUCUCAGCCUGCCGCAGGCCUCCUGGAUUCCAUCACUAAUAUAUUCGGCUUGUCUGAGUCUCCCCUUUUGGGUCACCGUUCUGACACUUCCAGGAGGAGAUCAAUAUCCUCUUUCCCAGCAUCGCUUGACUGUGCAGAUGCUCAGACAGGGGGUAAACAAGAAGUGCGAGUACCUGUUACAGCCCUGCACUCAUUUGAUGCCCAUGAUGGUGAAGUUAACGCUGUGCGCUUCAGUCCAGGCUCCCGGUUACUGGCAACUGGCGGAAUGGAUCGCAGGGUGAAACUGUGGGAAGUCAUUGGAGAUAAAUGUGAGACCAAAGGCUCACUCACAGGUAGUAACGCAGGAAUUACCAGCAUUGAGUUUGACAGCGCUGGUUCUUUUAUAUUGGCUGCUUCUAAUGACUUUGCCAGCAGAAUAUGGACAGUUGACGAUUACCGUUUACGGCACACCUUGACUGGACACAGCGGUAAAGUUCUGUCAGCCAAAUUCUUACUGGACAACGCACGCAUUGUUUCAGGAAGCCAUGAUAGGACUCUGAAACUUUGGGAUCUGCGCAGUAAAGUCUGUAUUAAAACUGUGUUUGCAGGAUCCAGCUGUAAUGAUAUUGUCUGCACAGAGCAGUGUGUGAUGAGUGGGCACUUUGAUAAAAAGAUCCGUUUUUGGGAUAUAAGAACAGAGUGUAUAGUUCGGGAAUUGGAACUACAGGGCAGAAUCACUGCGUUGGAUUUAAACCCAGAGAGGACAGGGCUGCUUAGUUGCUCUCGAGAUGACUUCAUAAAGAUUAUCGACCUGCGAACCAAUGCUGUGCAGCAGACCUUCAGUGCUCCUGGCUUUAAGUGUGGAUCAGACUGGACUAGAGUCAUUUUUAGCCCUGAUGGCAACUAUAUUGCCGCUGGUUCAGCAGAAGGGACAUUAUACUUCUGGAAUGUUUUAACCGGAAAGGUGGAGAAAAUGCUGAGCAAGCAGCAUUGUUCUUCUAUUAAUGCAGUUGCUUGGUCUCCUUCUGGUACUUUUGUUGUCAGCGUAGACAAAGGAAGCAGAGGUGUUUUAUGGUCGGACUUCUGAUUACUUGCACAGCCAAAGCUUGCGGCCUGUAUGGUCAUGAUGAGCCACGUACCACACAGUGGAUAAAAUGCUCGGGACUACUUGCAGAAGCCACUGUCUGAAAGACCUGGUUGUAGGUCUUUGUUCACUCAUUGCUACUGUGCUGUGGAGAUCACUUUGAGCUUAAACAAUACCAUCUUCUGAGCAAGAAUAGUGUAAGCAAGGGGUUAAACAGAAAUUCCCAUGACACAGUCUACAUUCUUUUUAUAUCUGUUGUGUUUUAUUUGGAGAGUAGCAUUCAGAAAAAAAGUACACAAAACUUGUUAUUGUGAUAAAGCUAAAAUUCUAGACUGUUGGCUACUUUACAUAUAAAUACUAACUUCUGCUGGUGCAGAUCAACUUAAACACCAGUGACAUAAUGUUGUUGGGAUGCUGUGAGCACACAAGCUUGCAUGGAAAAUACACAAAACAGCUGCUUCCUAUGUGUGAAGAUAUCUUUUUAAUUAUACUUAAAACAUUUUUUUUUAAAAAAAAAGCAGACAUUUAAUUGUCUAGUUUUUUUUUUUUUUUUUUGUCUCGUUUGAAUUUUUUUAAGAAAUAACCUGCUGCUUAAUUCAUUGUUUACAAUACAACUUUUGUCAGAACUCCAUAGUCGGCAUAUCAUUUUAUGCUGUUAAUUUAAUCAGGGCAAGAUGAUUUAUAUAAUUUUUUCUUCUUUAUUUAAACCUAUUGGGUAUGAAGAAGAAAAAAAUCUCAUUAAAAUAAUUGGGACUUUUUGGCAAUAAAACUAAACUUUUUUUGUUUUCUAUUUGAAUAAUUUUAUGAUCUUAAAUAAGUAUCAGUUUGUCAUUUUGUAAAGUGAAACAAUGAGAAGGAUUUUUUUUUUGUUCGAGAUGCAGCAAAUUAAACACGCUGCCUUGUUUUUCACCAGAAAAUUUUGUUUGCAGUAUGUUUGUUUUAGAUUAAAGCCCAAUGAAAAUGACAUUUAAAUAAUCAGCAUAUAUUUGGAUCUGGACAUUCUUUAUAUUAUUAGAGGCUCAGCAGCAACUAAUUUGCUGGAAUAAAUAAAACUAAAGCUUAUAAACGGAGUAGCAGUUCUGUAAACCAAGCUGGAUUCAAUGUAAAGUUAAAAAAGCAGCAACAAUACUGGAGAAAGACUGGAUUUUAUUUCUAGGUCUCUGUUGAUAUAGGUUUAGCUCCACCACAUGUUUUACAUUUAACUGCGUUACAUAAUAUACUACUCAAUUUCUGUAACCAAUUGCUGCACCAUAAUAUGACUGUUUUAAUAAUACUAUUUGAGUCAUAUCUAAAGCUCUUCAUGCUACCUUACUAUGUAGUCGGACAGGUUACCUGCCUCGCUGUACAGUAAGCUUGAACUGUUUUCCUAUAGAGGGGUAGUAUCUUUCCAAGGUAUUUGAUCUGCCUUUACAUCAGUACCUACAUAUAAUUUAAUAGCAGAGGCCAAAGAUAUAAACACUACUAACUUGCUUAUGGCUUUCUGAUGACCGGUACUUCCCUCGUAUUUUGUCAGAAAUUGAAUCACUGCACUUAACAUGCAAAUAAUAGAUUUUCUUAAAUUACUGCUUACAAACAUAAAAUGCAGCCUCAGGGAGAGAUGUGUGAAGGUUUGCGGCUAUUAUUCUAGAGUGUUUUUAUUAUUUGAUUGAAAUUUACAGAUGAAGUGACAUUGAUAGUGUAUAAUUAUAUUAGCAUGGGUGAUUUAAAAUAGUUAUGUAUUGUGCUGCAUUAAUGCUAUAAGAGAGAUGGUCUCCGUUUACAGGGAAAAUCGCGAUUUAAAAAAAGACGAAAAAUCUGGCCCAAUGCUCCUUGGCUGCUAGGAAAGCAAUAUACGUGAAAGGACCAGUUGCUGUUCUUUCAGCAGUUUGAAGCGGAGCAUCUCAGUCGAUCCUUAAUAGAAUGAUCUAGCACUCAAAAGAUAAUAAAAAAAAUCCAUGUUUAAACUUUUUUUGGCCGCUGUAAUAAUGAAACCACAAGUUAAUAUUUUAGUUUUUCUAAGUUUCCUGUUAUAGUAGAACCUGAAAUAUCUUGUCAAUUUUGUAAUAUUUUUUGCUUUAAUUGAAGUUCAAAUUCCCCACUUAUAAGUCAGCAAGAAAUAUUUAAAUUGUGUUGCACAUUUUUUUAAAUUUUACCCUAGUGAAUGUAUUGUAGAUAUUUAUUUUAGUCUUGUAAAUAAUAAAAAUAAUUAUACUGUAUACAGCCACAAAUUAAAAGGUAUAAGGUAACAGAUUGUGCACCACAUAAGCUAAGCAGUCAAUGUAUACAGUGUAUUUUAGUAAGCCAGUCACUGAAGCAUUGCUUAGUCACUGAUUCUUGUACCCUUCUCCAGAGUUUGAGAGCAUAUAUCUUGUUGGUGAUGUGAUGAGGGUCACUCUGUGCCAUGCCUAUUGUAUUAUUUAUUAUGCACUGCUUGUUUGCACAAGCCACAUUGUAAAUAAAUUCUGUUCUCUCCA